CUGACGAAAUAAAGAUUGGAUUUUUGUAGAUUCGUCAUUGAAAUUGGAUAUGGCUUCCAGAAAAUUACAUACGAUUCGGUCUCUGUAUCGGACGGCUCAGAUUCGAGGACCCUCGUACAUGUUUGGUAGCUCAACAAGCUACUCAAGUGGUAUUGCAAAUGAAGUUUAUGAAUUUAAUUUUAGGAAAAUGUCUUCAAGUUCAUCAUUGUUUAAGGCCCACAAUGCGCUUCCUUGGACUCCUCGAAGCGCUUUGACACUUCGCUCUACAAUGGCUGCUGAGUUAGAUAUAUUCUCGUACGACAUUAGGUUGGCAACAACGCAGGUUAAAGCUCCUCCACAAGCACGGCAAAUGGGUGCUGUUAAAGUAUCAAUGCUAAGUCCUGGAUUUGUCUAUGAACCGUAUGCUCCUCGCGAAAAAAUUCCAUUCUGGCGCAGAUGGUUUACAAGAAGUGGAUGGAAAAGAACAAAAGAGGAUAUAAUUUUGGAGCUCAAAAGUGCAUAUGCCAUUGCCAAAUUAAGAAAAUCUGGAUACUCCAAGCAGCUGUUCUACAAAGAGGCGGUAGAGAUGUACAAGGAGAUAAACACUCUUUUUGCAAAUGGAGACAAAAAUUCACUAAGAAAGGCAGUUACAGAGAAGAUGUACUCUGCACUAAAGAACGAAAUCAAACAAAGAGAAACCAUAUGGAGUAAGGUCUACUGGGAAAUGGUUGAACCAGUUGUUAAAAUGCGAACUAUGCGAGCUCGAUUGAUCGGUGUUGAUCGCAAUGAUGUCAAUAGGGUGUUCAUACAGCUUACAAUUGAGUUUCUUACAAAGCAGAAGUUUGAAGCUUAUGAUUUAGACGGUAAAGUAGUUGCUGGAGACAAAUCUAAGGAGGUUCUUGUAAAAGAUAUCUGGGUAUUUGAGAAAUCUCUCUUUCAUACUGGAGCUUAUUGGCGUCUUUGUGGGCGGAUAAUACUUUAAGCAAGCUAUCCUGGACUGAAGACCUGCUCAUGCUGGUGACAAAUAAAGUUUUGUACACAACUUUGUAACAUGCAGAUAUGAAUAAAUCUUUUAUGAAUUGAACAUAGUUAUCUGAUUGAUAGUUUAAUUGAUAGUUUGGUUUCUAACUUGAAUGAGGAAUAUAAUGACAUGCAAA